UUGAUCUAUAUCGCUCCCUAUUUUGCAAUUAUAAAUCGCACUUCAAAAAGUUUAAUUACAGAUCGAGUUGCGGAAGUGCGAAAGGAGGCAGUUCAUCUUUUGUCGCAGAUCCUUGCUCGAUUAGUCGAUCACGAAUGGGCGGACCUAGUCGGAAGUAUAGAGUCAAAUGAUUCUUCAUCAGGUUCUACUUUGACCGAGCUGUUCAUCCAAGACUUAGUCAACGGUUUCGCGAAUACCCAAAAAUGGACUCGACGGCAAACAUUUGCCUACGUCUGUGAAAGGGUACUGUUGGACCACUCCUUGUCGAUGGAACAGUUCCGAUACUUUCUUCUGCCCCAUCUCAUCUCGAUGGCUACAGACAAUGUCGUCAAUGUCCGGAUAGCAGUUUGCCGUGCCCUCACACUGUGCGAUGCAUCGUUGCAGUCACAUGCGAUAGCGAGUGAUUCCAAGCGAUUGACGCCACUGACGGUGAAGACGGUCCUUGACCGCCUAGCAAAUGACGACGAUAUGGACGUAGCCAGAGCGGCUCGCGUGGCUCUGGGUCAAACGGUCGGCAAUGAAGUUGUGGAUAUUGCCAUGAGAGGCUUCCGAAUUCGGGAAAAGGAGAACGCCAUGUUAGAUUCCCAACUAGUCGACGAUUACGAAGAGAACGAUAUGAGUUUAUGUUCGGAUUAUAGUGAAACUUCACUUCGAUUAACUCAUCCUUUCCCUCCCCACGAUUCUUGUUAG